AGCAGCCCUACGUGCGGAAAGACAACAUGGCGCACAGACUGAGGAGGCCGUGUGUGCGGCUCACAGAAAGUGGAAUGGAACCGAUUCUGCUCGGUCACAAAACAACACACCCAGAGUCUGGCUUUUAAACGCCGAGGCAGAUCAUUCUUUCACUCAACUCCUUCAAGUUAUUUUUUUUUAUCUCUACUGUUUUGUAGUUUCCGUAACUGCACCUGGAUGUCCUUACGUGCGCGCUUGAGAUUUCGCCCGUGUUUGCGUGAGUGUGUGCGGGGUGAGUGAGUGUCACGGCCCUCUGCGGAGGAGCAGACGGGGGGUUGGGUAGCUGUGCCGAUUGGUUGCUGCUCACCAACACAGUCAGCCUGGGCUUGUUUUAACUUAAACAGGGGCACUUCGACUAGCACGCAGACAAAACAUGUAAUAAAUAAUCUGCUGUGGCAGAGGGGGACACCGGUUGUGACACUCAUGGUGUAGCAGGGAGGUCUUGUCUUGUUCUUCACAGUAAAGCUGAUAGUUUUUAAGAGGAGGGCCGCAGCCGCCACUGCUGCCGCCGUUGCUGCUGCUGAUGAGGCGAUGAAUGCCGAGAAUGAGAGCUGUGCCUGGGCCUACUACUACUAUCAGAGCUGCUGCAGCUGGGAUUGUUGAGGCAAAGCCGAGGAAAGCAGCUGCUUUGUGUCACUCCAACGAAGAUCCGCUGUUGGUUUGACGGUGACCGACCUCCAAAUGCUCAGUGUCAGCACCUUCACUACAGCCUCAGCGAUCGCCAUGACCCACAAUCAGCAGACAAAGCGGCGCUAUUUUCUAAUAACUUGUAAACAGAAACGUGUGAACCGAGCUCACCGGUGGAUGUGUUCAGGGGUUUUGUCUUGAGCUGGCCUUUUACAAUGCAGGCCAUGCUAUCAUGGAUACAAGGAUGACAACAUGAAUCAGUCAUACAGACCGGGUCCUAGGGUCGGAUCAGUGUUUGGCCCCAGCCAGCCGGAUCUAAGGGCCCGAAAUGGCCCUCUGAGCACUUCUUAUAGGAACCAGUGUGGCACUGUGACUCAUGGACCAGGCCAGCUGCCACAACCUGCUUUCCUGGGAUACAAUCAUCCGGAGAGCUUUCGCUGCUACAGCCCACAGAGGAGACCACAGCGCCUGAACACUGACCCCCAGGACAGGAGCAGCCUGCGCUGUGCAAGCCCAAUCACUGAUGAUGAGGAUGAUGAGUUUGAAUCACCAGCAGUCCAACUGCCUCAGUCUCCUGGCACUGACGACAUGGAGCCCUUUGAGACUGUACACAGAAGUUCUAGCCCACAUAGGAGAGCACGCCGCAUAAACACCUCACUCAACAGGAAAGAUGCAGACCUUCAUUACAGGAGCAACUUGCGCUGUGCAAGUCCAAUCACUGACGAAGAUGAUGGUUUUGAACCCCCACCGAUCCAGCUACCUUCAUCCCCUGAGACAGACGACAUGGAGCCCUUUGAAACUCUACAGGACGGGAGCAGGAACAGCUUCUCCCCUCGUAGUCCGGACAGCUUUGAGCGCAGUUCGCCCAUCCCCAACCGAUACCUGCAUUUUGAGUCCGUGCUGUUUGACAGCAGUGACAUCAAGGAGGAGGAGAAUGAGGGGCGCGGCGACGUUCAGGACGUCAAACCUUUUCAGCACUCCUCAAACACGAACCAGGUUCGAGAUGUCACUGGGGUGGAGAGAAGAACAUACAAACCCACAGUCUUUAAUCUGAUGUCCAAAACUAUUUCUGAACUUAACCCCACACUAAGCCCCAGUGCACUGCCAGAAAUCACUAUGAGAGAUGAGUGGAAUAUAGGUGAGGAGUCGGACAGCGACGUUGACCUCACCUCUCCUGUUGACCCUGGACUCGUCUCACCAGCUGGCACCAACUCUAACUCCAACAGCCCAAAGAAAAAACUUCUCCCUGCUGUCAAGUAUUUAGAAGGAGACCUGGUGUGGGCAAAAUUCAACAGACGACCUUGGUGGCCCUGCCAGGUUAUCUGUGACCCAGACCAAGGGAUUCACACAAAGAUGAAGGUACCGAGUGCUCGUCCUUGUCGGAUGUAUUUCCUGGAGACAAUCGGGGAGGUCACUGAGCGCGCCUGGGUCCCAGGAAGUGUCAUUCUACCAUUUGAAGGAGGACAUCAGUUCGAGGAGCUGCCUGUUCUUAGACGGAGAGGAAAGCAGAAGGAAAAGGACUACAAAUACACGAUUCCAAAAAGCUUGCUGACUGCGUGGAAAGUCAGUGUUGCCGAAGCAGAGUAUCUGCUCCCUGGUCGGCAGAGGAACAAUGAAAGUACACUUUCAGGAUCUGUCAAUGGAGAGGAACAUCUGACCAGCCCUCCUCCAGCUGAAGAGCCACCGGAGAACCCCUCCGUCUCCAUUGUCCCACACCGACCCAUCUCCCCCGCUCCAGCGACCAACGGAAAUGCUCACCAUCUCUUCAAAAAUUCCACAGCACACGGCAAUAAGAGCAAAGCUUUCAAAAAGAAAAAGAAAUGUUUGUCGGACAUAUUUGGUCAUAUUAUUGGUGGAAAGGAACCCUCCUGCAAGGCGGGUCAGCUUCAUACAACAACACGUGCACUGAAAGAGGAGCCGAAGGACUCGCCUUACGCUGAUUUGGAUUCGGUUCCGAUGUUGAAUCGACCUAAACGCACAUCUCUGUCUCCGAUAUAUGAUACAGACACAACGGACAGAAAGGAGCGUGGUUCAGCAAAAGUGAAAAAGACAUUUAAAAAACUCAACCUCUGUACAGAUUUUUCCUAUUCGUCUUGUAUAUUUCAAAACAAACCGUCCUCUGCAGAUGUAGACCCUGAACAGAGGCCAGGUGAACUGUCCCAUGGUUCAAGCGAAAAACAGUCUGGGACUCUUUCUGCCAGCAGCCGCCUGAUAACGAAGGCCCUGAAAGCGGCGGAAGAGACCGAUCUCAGAGAUGGAUCAACCACGAGGCGAAUCUCAUCAGAAGGCCCUUCUGAUAACUGCUUCGAUAAGACGUCUACGGAUUCCGCCAUCAAAACUGAACUGUCUCCAAAUCGGAAAAUCCCCAGCAAAACCCGUUCCUUUGUUAACCACAGCUCUCCAAAACGCCGUGCAAGGAAGCUCGAUAAGAAGCUGACUCAUAACGGCUCGGUGAUCAAGUCAAAGUGCGAGGGGAUAACUCAGCCCACGCAGCAACCUGUUAAAAUUAAGACAGAAAACAGUCCAUCAGAAUUAUCUACUACCUCCUCGUCUUUGUCUCUUUCUCCAUUGGGUACCUUCCAGGAUGGUAAAGAACUAAGGUUCAAAUCCCUAGGGAUUGAGGAUGACAGUGACUCUGAGCUGGGUGCAUUUCGACCCGAUUCCAAUUACAAAUUCAGUACUUUUCUGAUGCUGUUGAAGGACAUGCACGAUACUCGAGAAAAAGAAGGGAAACCACUGGUGCUGCCUCAGACGGCUACCUUAAUAAAGGAGGAACCCCUGGUGAUCCCCACCGCAACGGAAGGGGACUCGCUGAGAGGUUCUUGUGAUGGUCUACCUCUUCAGAUCAAAUUAGAGAUCGGGCAGUCGGAGAAACCCACCCUGAGCCAAAGCACGCCGGUGAAAGCCAAGCUCUGCACUAAAGAGGACGUCUCAGCUAAAACCUACCACUGUGAAGAAUUUCCGCCUCACGUUGAGGUCGGGAGUUCGGAGAAGCAGCGCAGAAAACAAAGGCUGCCAUCUAAACUGAAGCUCAGAACACCUGAACCGUCUUUAAAUGAAACAGACAGAGGGUUUAUCAGUGUCCACCCUGACCUGAGUGAGCCCGUAUCCGACUCGCUAGGGCCCGAUUUCUCUACCAGCUGCAUCGAGAGGUCCUCAGAAAUAGUAGUGGCUCCAAAGAAGCGCUGGCAGCUGGUCGAGGAAGCUGCUGAGACUGAGGCAGCUGUGAGUGAGACGUAUGCUGAAAUGAAGGGGUCUCCAACAAUGAGAGCGUCUCCAGAUCUUGAUCGAAGCGCUGAGGCACACGCAGAGAAUGACUCGCACUCUUCAGACGCAAGCAGCACAGCUGGGCAAUCUGAGAACAAACGCCUCCGGAAACCAACUAAAAGGCUGUUGGAGUCCACUGAGGAGUAUGAACAAAUAUUUUCCACAAAAAAGAGGUCAAGGAAACACACUGCAGAAUGUUCCAGAAUGGAGACUUCAGGGAUAAUGGCACUCCAUGAUUUCAGUGCCACAGAAGCCACUGAUACCUCAACCCCGUCUUCAGCGGAGCCAAUGGAGGCUCGGAUAGAGAUGGAUCCGAGUCCAUCUCAGGAAGAGCUUUCUCCUGCAGCACCACCCGUGUCACCUGCCAUAACACCACCCCACUUUGACACAGACGCAGCAGAGGAAACAGAUCUACCUCUUGAAUGUGACUCUGGAACAUUACUUCAAGAAAGGAAGAAGCCUAGGAAGCUGUCCCACAAGGUGACGGAGUGUGCCAUGGAAGAAGUGUCAGCAGGUUCUUCAAAGAAAAAGGAAUCAAAGCGGCAACUUGGCAUUACAUCAGAGGUGAAACUGUUAGUCAAGAAAACUCAGGUUGCAUCCCGGACAAAAGAGAAAUCUCCCCCCUGCACAUCAUCAGUCCCUGCUGCAGCCUCCAAGCGUUCAGAGAGCAGGUCUCCGAGCCCAGGACAGUGUAAGACACCAAGGCAGGAGGCCGAGGCGGAGGCCAAGUCGGAGCCCCGCGGCGAUGAAGAGAAACAGGAUGGACGCACUGGAACACUAACUCCGAAACCUGAGGUCCUGCCAGUGGGUUUGAAUGACAGUCUCUCCUCCCAGGGGGAUGUCAAGGGAAAGAUAGGAGCUGCAUCUUUGAAGGAGAGCGUCUGCCAGGUGUGUGAGAAGACAGGAGAUCUUCUGGUGUGUGAUGGCCCGUGUUUCGGAGCCUUUCACCUGCAGUGCAUCAGCCUACAUGCAGUUCCCAAAGGAAAAUUCUUCUGUCAGGAAUGUAAAACCGGGGUUCAUAAGUGCUUUGUGUGUAAGAAGUCUGGUAAUGGGGUGAAGCGCUGCAUCAUCCCCCUCUGUGGAAAGUUUUACCACUCCGACUGCAUCAUGGCGUAUUCGCCCUCCCAGCCACAUAACAAGGGCGUCCGCUGCCCCCUGCAUGUGUGCCUGUCAUGCCACAUCACCAACCCUCUCAACGCCUGCAGCGCCAAAGGUCGGCUGGCUCGGUGCGUCCGCUGUCCUGUAGCCUAUCACCCCAAUGACAACUGCAUGGCUGCAGGCAGCCUGGUUCUGGCCAACAGCAGCUUCCUGUGUCCCAACCACUUCACUCCUCGCAAAGGCUGCAAGAACCACGAACACAUCAACGUUAGCUGGUGCUUCGUCUGCUCCGAAGGGGGCAGUCUGCUAUGCUGUGAAUCUUGUCCUGCUGCUUUCCAUCGGGAGUGUUUGAAUAUAGAGAUGCCUCAGGGUAGCUGGUUCUGCAACGACUGCAAAGCUGGAAAGAAACCUCGCAUUAAGGACAUACUGUGGGUCAAAUGGGGGCGUUACAGGUGGUGGCCCGCUGAAGUGUGUCUGACCAAAGACAUUCCAAAUAACAUCUUGAGGAUGAAGCACGAGGUGGGAGAGUUCCCGGUGCAAUUCUUUGGCUCCAAAGACUUUGUUUGGACUUACCAAGCCAGAGUCUUCCCCUACAUGGAGGGAGACACUCACAACAUAGAAAAAAUGGGGAAAGGUGCUGACGCAGUGUACAAGAAGGCCCUGACUGAGGCUGCAGAGCGUUUCAAAGAGCUACAGGCAGAGAGAGAAAUGAAGCAGCUCCAGGAGGACAGAAAGAAUGAUAAGAAACCCCCUCCAUACAGGCACAUUAAGGUGAACCGACCCAUUGGGAAGGUGCAGAUAAUCACUGCUGACCUGUCGGAAAUCCCUCGAUGUAACUGCAAGGCAUCUGAUGAGAACCCCUGCAGCAUGGACUCGGAGUGCAUAAACCGCAUGCUGAUGUAUGAGUGCCACCCUCAGGUGUGUGCAGCCGGGGAGCGAUGUCAGAACCAGACCUUUACGAAGCGACUGUAUACAUCUGUGGAGAUUUACAGGACACUAUCGUGUGGAUGGGGUUUACGCGCCAUCUCUGACAUCAAGAAGGGUGCUUUUGUGAGUGAGUACGUGGGAGAGGUGAUCGAUGAGGAAGAAUGUCGCGCCAGAAUCAGACGUGCUCAGGAGAACGACAUCUGUAACUUCUACAUGCUGACCCUGGACAAGGAUCGGAUCAUCGAUGCUGGACCCAAAGGGAACCAGGCACGCUUCAUGAACCAUAGCUGCCAGCCAAACUGUGAGACUCAGAAGUGGACUGUGAACGGGGACACCAGGGUUGGGCUGUUCGCUCUGCAGGACAUCCCAAAAGGGGUGGAGCUGACCUUCAACUACAACCUGGAGUGUCGUGGUAACGGGAAGACUGCUUGUAAAUGUGGAGCUCCCAACUGUAGUGGCUUCCUGGGAGUACGACCAAAGAACCAGCCACCAGCUGACAAAGUUAAACUGAAGGAAGGAAAAAGAAGGGUCUCCAUGAAGAAGAAGACCAAGCAACAAGUGACGAAGGAGAGGGAAGACGAAUGCUUCAGCUGCGGUGAUGGGGGCCAGAUAGUGUCCUGUAAAAAGCCAGGAUGUCCCAAAGUCUAUCACGCUGACUGCCUCAACUUAGCCAAGAGACCUGCAGGCCGAUGGGAGUGUCCUUGGCAUCAGUGUGACGUUUGUGGUAAGGAGGCAGCUUCGUUCUGUGAGAUGUGCCCCAACUCGUACUGUAAGGAGCAUCGGGAAGGCAUGCUCUUCAUCUCCAAGCUGGACGGAAAGUUGUCCUGCAGUGAACACGACCCGUGUGGACCCGACCCACUGGAGCCGGGGGAGAUACGGGAAUACAUGCCCAACAUGGCCUCCAUGAGGCCCGGGAGCAUGGCUGUGCCCGUCCCUCCCUCUGUGCUUCCAGCCAUUAAAGGAGCAACUCCUUCUUCAUCAUCUCCUGCUGCCUCUCUCUCCCUCUCUCCCACCCAGGCUGCUCCAUCCAGUCGAGAGCCUCCUCCUCGUCUCUACAUCAACACAAAAACUGCUACCUCCAGCUUCGUCCCCUCCAACAGGUCCUACCUCGGCGACAGAACUGAGCAGAAAACCAUCACCACUCGCAGCUCCGCCAGGGUUGAAGGUGAGGACGGAGAGGUGGAGGACAGUGAGGUGGAGGACGGUGAGGUGUAUGGGUUAGAUAUGGAGGAGGACGACGACGAUGAGGACGAAGAUGAUGAGGAGAAUGAGACUGGGGAAAUGGAGAUUGUGGAAGAUGAGGAGGAGGAGCCGCUGUAUGGAAGCGACGUGCUAGAAGACGACAACGAUGAGGAGGAUGAGGAAGAAGACGCAUAUGGGACUUGGGGCGAUUAUGUGGAUGACGAUGCUGAUGAGGGAGAGGUGGAGGAAUGAGGCAGGCUGGAGGAUAAGUGACUCCCUCUGUAACACUGAGCAGGAGCUCCCUCCGCACACUGACAGAACUAAAGGAGUAAAUAUUUUGGUACCUACUUGAAUGCAGCACUGCCUUCGCUAUGGUACAACAUUGCCUUCUCAUCUCCAGAAUGACAGCGGGGAUGUGUGCUGGUGCUAAGGCUGAACUGUUUCCUCACUCGGUCUCUUUAUAUUUCUGUCCAUACGUUCAUUUGUGUUUGGUGCUCUCUUGAUUUGUUCUGUCUUUUCACACUGUUUACAUAGUUCUACCUUUUUUAAAAUGUUUGUAAUAUAAGAAAUGAGUAAGACGUUUGACCAAACUGUCGUCAUGAGCGCGUCUUGUCUUGUCUUGUUCCUGUCUCAACGUCCUCUUUCUGUUUCCAGGUGUCGUUUAAUCCCUGUUACAGUUAGGCAAAAAGAGUACCUUCUCAGUGUUUGUGAGGAGAAAAAAAAAAUAAACCCACUGGAGUUUUUCAUUUCAGAUAAA